AGGGCAGGAUGGUGCCCGUCCCACUCCUGGGGGAAGUCCCCGAUGCCGGAACAGGCACUGGGCCGGCCGCGCUCCGAGCUGGCCCCGUGCCACUCCCCGUGCCACCCCCUGUGCCCCCCGACCCUCUCAGACCCCCCGUACCCCCUCCCGGCACCCCCCUGAGCCCCGUUUGUCCCCCCAGGGCAGGAUGGACGCCCGUUUCACGCGCGGCAAGUCCCCGGUGCUGGAGCGGGCGCUGGGCCGGCCGCGCUCCGAGCUGUCCUUGGCCGCCUUCGCGCUGCUCUUCUCGGAGCUGGUGCAGUACUGCCAGCGCCGCGUGGCCUCGGUGGCCGAGCUGCAGGCCCGGCUGGCCCAGCUGGGCCACCACGUGGGGCUGCGGGCGCUGGACGCGCUGGUGGCGCGGGAGCGGCCGGGGCGGCGCGAGACCAAGGUGCUGGGGGUGCUGCUCUUCGUCAAGGGGCCGCUGUGGCGGGCGCUCUUCGGCCGCGAGGCCGACAAGCUGGAGCAGGCCAACGACGACGACAGGACCUUCUACGUGAUCGAGAGGGAGCCGCUGGUGAACACCUUCGUGUCGGUGCCGCGCGAGAACAGCUCCCUGAACUGCGCCGCCUUCGCCGCCGGGCUGCUCGAGGCCGUGCUGGGCGCCAGCGGCUUCCCCGCCCGCGUCAGCGCCCACUGGCACAAGGGCACCACCCUCAUGAUCAAGUUCGACGAGGCCGUGAUCGCGCGGGACAAGAGCCUGGAGGGGCGUUGAGGGGCGUCCGGCGCGGCCUCGUGCUGCGGCCUGGCGUGGGACGAGGGCCAGGAGGGACAUUGUCGUCAUCAUCAUCAUCAUCAUCACCAUGUGGGACAAGGGUCUGGAGGGACAUCAUCAUCAUCAUCAUCAUCAUCAUCACAUGGGACAAGGGCCAGGAGGGACAUUGUCGUCGUCAUCAUCAUCAUCAU